GUGGCGGCAGCGGCGGAGGGCCCGGUGUCUGGCAGUGCCGGCUGAGCGCGCCGUCAGGAUGGACGUCGAUUCGGACUUGGAGCUGCUCAUGGGCCACCUGGGGGAGUUCGGCCGCUACCAGCUGCGGCAGUUCCUCCUGCACAUCCUGGCGGCGAUGACGGCCGGCGUGCACAUGCUGUCGCUGGUGACGGUGGCGGCCGUGCCCGACCACCGCUGCCUGGUGCCGGGCGUGGACAACGACUCGCACCCGCUCUUCGGCGACGAGGCGGCCCUCGCGCGCGUCCCGGCGGGCGCCGACGGCAGCCCCCAAACCUGCGCCUUUCUCGACGACCUCAACGCCACGCGGCGCUGCGACGCCUGGGUCUUCGACCGCACCUACUACCAGGACAGCAAGGCCAUGGAGUGGACGUUUGUGUGCGAGCGGCGCUGGAUGGGCGCCGUGGCGCAGAGCGCCUUCAUGUUCGGCGUCUUCACUGGUGCCGUCGUCCUGGGCAGCCUCGCCGACAAGUACGGUCGCAAAACCAUAUUUUACAUUUCUGCGGUGCUUCAGUUCUUUCUUGGAAUCGGUGUUGCGUUUACUCCAGAAUAUUAUGGCUUCCUUGUCGUACGAUACCUGUACGGCAUCUUCGGUUCAGCCGGUUCCUACAUUACAGGGUUUGUAUUAUCAAUGGAGAUAGUGGGCCCGACCAAAAGAACUGUAUGUGGCAUAACAUUCCAAGCAUUAUUCGCCGUUGGCGUGAUGUUGGUGGCGUUUUGGGGCUUCGUGAUAAAAGAUAGCACAAUCCUGCAAGUAACGUACGGUCUGCAUGGCCUGCUUCUCUUGGGGCAUUGGUGGCUGAUCGACGAGUCGCCGCGCUGGCUGUGGGCGCAGGGGCGCGUGAAGGAGGCCGUGGACAUCGUGGAGAAGGCGAUGAGCGUCAACGGCCAGGCCGGCAAGAUCGACAUCGCGCACUUCGUCUCGCGGGGCAAGGCGGCCUCGUCGUCGCGGGACGAGCGCAGCUACGGCGUCCUCGACAUGUUCAAGACGCCCCGCCUGCGCGCGCGCACGCUCAACGUCUGCCUCAACUGGUUUGCCAACAGUUUGGUGUAUUAUGGGUUGUCUCUAAACACCGGCAAACUUGCCGGAAACCCAUAUUUAAUCCUCUUCGUCAUAGGGCUUGUGGAAAUUCCUAGCUACAUCAUGACCAUUCUUCUUAUGGACCGAACAGGUCGGAGGUGCUUGAUUAGCACGUUGAUGUUGCUGGGAGGUAUAGCGUGCAUCGUGUCUGCCUACAUUCCACAAGAUACGACUUUUGGCAGUAUAUGUGCAACCACCAUCGUAAUGGUUGGAAAAUUCUUCAUCGCUGGCUCUUUCGCCAUCAUUUACAAUUAUACAGCUGAAUUAUUUCCCACUGUGAUUCGCAACACUGCUCUGGGCGUUGGAAGCAUGUGUGCCCGUCUAAGUGGAGCCAUGACACCUCUCAUCACCCUUCUGGAUUCAUUCGAUAAAACUUUACCGUCGGUGAUUUUUGCAAGUAUUGCAAUAUUGUCUGGCUUGCUCUCUCUCCUGAUGCCAGAAACGCUACACAAGCCUAUGCCACAAACCAUUCAAGACGGCGAAGAAUUUGGCAGAGGAGACACAGCAUGUGCUUCUUGUUGUGGUGCAAGGCAUAGAACGUAUGAUGUUCCGUUGUCGUCACGUGAAUAAGUGAUUUAAUCGUUGAUUUGCGUCCAUUCGAUUUUCCAAGGCAUUUAUGAACGCUAAAAGAAAAAGCGUUAUGCCCUCUGGUGAUGGUGCAUCUGCUCUGAAACAUGACAUGUAAAUGCCCUUUUAGAAUAGGUAUUUAUUUUAAAAGUUGGCGUGUUAGUAGAAUUGUAUGAAUAUUUAUUAUUUCUUUUAACCCUAUUCUUUUUUUAAAUGUAUUAGGUUAUUAAUUUUCUGCAAACAGAAGCAUUCGAUAAAUUUCUUGCCAAUAUGAAAAAGAAAGUUAGAACUUUGAAAUUUAUCCUAGGUAAUAUCAUGAGUGAUUUGGUAAUUGUUGAUAAAUUUCCAACUCGCGAAGCGCGGAGGGGAUUUAUCUGAGAAUUUCCAAAGCACCAGUGAUAUUUAAUAUGACUAUUCCACGAGUGAAAUCAUGUCCAACAUAGUUCCAAAAUGCGCCAAAUACUGAAAAUAACUGAAAGUUGUGUUAAAAUCACAUGCGACACAGUGAUCGAUGUAGUAUAUCGCCACCUAAGAUAUGAGUCACAGUUUAUUAUUGGCCAGCAGGGAGAAGCGGUAACAAAAAUCGGGAAAUAGGAAAGGCGAUAAACUUUUUGAGAUAGACCGCCCUGAUUGGGGCAUUUUGUAUG